AUGGAAGCAGAAAGUUCAACCGAUACUGCUCCGCCCAGCGAGGCGGAAUUGACAGACAGUAACAUACAACAUCUCCUGCUCGAGGCGGAAAACAGACUACGAUCGCAAAACCCAACGCCAAUUACAAAACACCCAGAGCUCCCUUCGCCUAGAAUUCCUCAACUAUCUCCUGGUUACGUACAGCAAUUAUACGUCCGUCAAGAAGAUGACAUCGUAACCACUGAUUCCUCUCGAAUAAACGGUGACAUUAAGAAGAGCGCUUCUACUUUACCACAUCCAGGGAAGGGUUCGGUGGCAGAGAAUGCCAAAGCAAACAAGAAACAAACUGCAGGUGCCGACUGGUUUAAUCUCCCCAAGACAGAAUUGACGCCGGAACUCAAGCGAGAUCUCCAAAUACUACGGAUGCGGUCUGUGCUAGAUCCCAAACGGCAUUAUAAAAAGGAAAAUGGGAAAGUCCAACCGCCCCAGUAUUCUCAUGUUGGAACCAUCAUCGAAGGCCCGGGCGAGUUCUUCAGCGGUCGUAUUACGAAGAGAGAUAGGAAGAAGACCUUCGUGGAAGAAGUACUGGCCUCGGAACGAAAAACUCACCGUUUCGAGUCGAAAUACGAAGACAUCCAAGCUACUAAAAAGAGUGGCAAGGGACUUUAUUACAAAAACCUGCGAGCCAAGAGAGGCACGAGGGGCAAGUGA